AUGUUUGAUUCCGCUAAGGGAGCAGAAACAUCAGGCUCUGCUCAGCUUCCGCUGCCUCCCAUUCCUGACUUUAACGCACCUAACCCUUUUGACAAGUAUGUCGUUCCUGCACUGAGCCCACUCAGCCUCGCACUAUGGGGCGAAUCAGCCAUGAUUCACCUUGGUGUGAAUAUCUUCAUCUCUAACUACAUGCUCGUACCUGCCGAUGACGACUUUGAGGAAGCUGCAAAGAAACUCCUUGAGGCUGGAUUCAAGCCUGCCCCGUGGUCAUUCGGCUCAACCAUCGACCCUGUGCGCUUUCAAGACGAUGAAAAGUUGUCGAAGAUCCACCGGGACGUAGCACGGCACUUCGAGGAACUAGACCGCAAUUCUGUCCGCUUCAACCUACCAGAUGCUGCUGAAAGGGAUACCAGAGUCGUGCUUAUCCGUAGCGCCUAUGUCGGCCUGUGCCCACCCGCUGAUGGAGCCGAAAUGGUGGGAUAUAGCCAGUACAAGGAGAGCAGUCUCUAUUGUCCGGAUAGCGCCCUCCUUCUCAAAAGCUUUGUUCGAGUGUACCUGAAUCAGCCCACCCCUGGUCAAUGGAAAAGUACUUUGCACGUCUGGUGCAUACCUUACAUGUACUGUCAUCUCAUGUUGGAAGAAGAUAUCCUUGAUGCAUGUGAGGAUGAAGAAGUCAAGGCGUGGUUCAAUAAAAACAUCAAAAGAGGGGAAGGUGGCGUAGAUCGGACGACCGUGUCGAAGAGAGUUGGAAGAAAGUGGAGGAAUGUUGCGCAAGAUGAGAUAUAG